AGUCAUCAUUAACUAUUAAGGUGCAGAGCCCAUUGUUUACUGCAACUAGAAGGGGAAUAGAAAAGAUGGUAGAGAUGAUAAUAAAUGUACAUCCUCAUGCUAUUGAGAAUCUCAAUAAGGAGGGUCAGAGCAUUUUGGAUAUGGCCGUCAUGUAUCGCCAGAAAAAGAUCUUCGAUUUUCUGAAGCAACAGAAAAUACCAUUGGCUAGAAUGCGUGGAGUUGUUGAUAGUAAGGGCAACACAUUGUUGCACCAUGUUGCAGAGAAGGGGAAAAACAGUGGAGUAACCAAGCCCGGGCCUGCCCUACAACUUCAGGAGGAGUUGCAAUGGUUUGAGCAAGUGCGAAAGGUAAUUCCUUCUAAUUAUGUCCCGCUUCUGAAAAAUGAUGGAAGGACUGCAAGAGCACACGGAGCAACUGAAAGAAGCACAAAAAUGGAUCAAGGAAACAUCUCAGUCCUGUUCAACUAUAGCUGCACUUGUUGCUACUGUUGUCUUUGCUGCUGCCUAUACUGUGCCCGGAGCAAGCUCUUUGACUUCGUUUGUGUUGUUUCUCUCUUUGUUGACCUCUCCGAUUGA